AUGAAAGACCGCUCAAAAUUUAUCACUCUAGACACGGUUUCCUACCUCUGGAACCACCUCAAUCUUCCUGAAGCAUCUCUUCAAUCCCUCUAUCUAUCCGACCCGGACAUCCCAGGACUGCCCUCUUCGUUCAAAAUUGGACAUCUAGCACAGAGCACAAUAGCUCUCUCCGCCCUCACUGCUUCCCUACUACACGCAACCCGCAACGGAACCCUCAUCCUGCCUCGCGUGCAAGUCGCCCUCCACCAUGCAUGUGCCGAGUUCAAAUCCGAACGUCUGUACCGUCUCGACGGUCAUCCACCGCCUGAUACAUGGGGGCUCAUCGGUGGGCUUCAUGCAACGCGUGACGGAUACGUGCGUAUUCACGACAAUUGGGAGCACCACCGGCAAGCCGCGCUCCAUCAACUGCGGCUACCGAGCAAUGCAUCGCGCGCCCAGGUCGCCGAGACGUUGAAGAAUCAUUCUGCCAUUGAGCUUGAGAGAGCGGCGUCUCGUUAUGGAAGUGUGAUUACCGCACUUCGCUCUUAUGAGCAGUGGGACUCCACCCCACAGGCCUCUGCUAUAUCGGACCACCCUAUUCAGAUCAGCAAACUCGCCUCCGGGGGUCGGGACAGUGUACCCAGACGGCUUGAGCCAGGCAAUGAUCGCUGUUUGCGUGGAGUCCGGGUCCUAGACCUAACUCGCGUGAUCGCUGGCCCCGUAGCCGGACGUGUGCUGGCAUCUCACGGCGCAGAUGUUCUCUGGGUAACAGGACCAGGAAUGCCUGAGCUACCACCUCUGGACCGUGAUUUCAGCCGUGGAAAGCGGAGUAUCCAACUAGAUCUGAAUUCUGCCGCCGGCAAAGCCAAGUUACUCGACCUCGUACGCGGGGCGGACGUCUUCAUCCACAAUUAUAGACCUGAUAGUCUAGCAGCUAAGGGGCUUGGUCCAUCCGAUCUAGCGGCGGUUAAUCCAAAUAUCAUUUACGCCGAGCUCUCUGCAUACGGUAGUAAAGGUCCCUGGAGCCAGAGUCGUGGGUUUGAUUCGCUUGUUCAAACAUGCUCGGGCAUGAACAUAUCCGAGGCAGAGCAUUCCGGCGCUGGCGACUUGGCAAAGCCAAUGCCAUGUCAGGCAUUGGAUCAUGGUGCUGGGUUCUGUCUUGCUUCGGGAAUUAUAGCUGCGCUGUACCAUAGGACUGUCUCCGGGUCGUCGUGGAAGGUCGAGGUGUCUUUAGCGGGUGUUAUGAAGUACCUUCGGUCGUUAGGUCAGUAUCCCGGCAACUCCGGAUUCCAGUGUCAGGACAUAAUAUGGGGGGGAGGAUAUCAUUGGUUUUUUGGAAACCAAGUCUUCUGUUUUUGGUGA